AUGAGUCUUUCAUCUGAAACAGCAAGAAAAUACGAGGAGCAAUACUCGGCCCGCAAUUACCACCCAUUGCCAGUUGUCUUCCACAAGGCUAAAGGUGCCCACGUAUGGGACCCUGAAGGAAACGAGUACUUGGAUUUUUUGUCCGCAUACUCUGCAGUGAACCAAGGCCACUGUCAUCCAAAGAUAAUCGACGCCUUGGUCGAACAGGCAUCGAAGUUGACCUUGUGCUCCAGAGCGUUUUCAUCUGACGUUUUCGGUGAGUAUGCCAAGUACGUGACCGAGUACUUCAAUUACGAGAUGGUUUUGCCUAUGAACACAGGAGCUGAAGCAGUUGAAACUGCCUUGAAGUUGGCCAGAAGAUGGGGCUAUGUCAAGAAAGGCAUUGACGAGGACAAGGCCAUUAUCUUAUCUGCAGUGGACAACUUCCAUGGUAGAACCUUGGGUGUCAUUUCCAUGUCCACUGACCCAGAGGCUACUACCAACUUUGGCCCAUACUUGAACGGUGUCGGACCACAAAUUCCAGGCGAACCCAAGGGUACCCUCUUGAGAUACGGUGUUAUCGAAGAUGUGCAAAAGGCUUUCGCUAAUGCCGGAGACAAGAUCGCCGCUAUUUUGUUGGAGCCUAUCCAAGGUGAGGCUGGUAUUGUUGUUCCACCAGAGGGAUACUUUAGCCAGGUGCAAGAAUUGUGCAAAAAGCACAAUGUUUUGUUGAUCUGUGACGAGAUCCAAACUGGUAUCGCCAGAACAGGAAAGAUGUUGUGCUACGAGCAUUACGCCGGUGUCAAGCCUGACAUUGUUCUUUUGGGUAAGGCCAUCUCCGGUGGUGUCUAUCCCGUGUCUGCUGUCUUGUCUUCUAAGGACAUCAUGUGGACAUUGACUCCAGGCUCCCACGGCUCCACAUACGGAGGAAACCCAUUGGCUUGUAAGGUGGCUAUGGCAGCAUUGCAAGUUGUGAAGGACGAAGACUUGGUUUCGCGUGCUGAAAGAUUGGGUUCCUUGUUGCGCUCAAAGUUGGAGGAGUUGAAGUCUGAGUUCGAUGGCAUCAUCUCUGAGGUCAGAGGAAAGGGUUUAUUGUCUGCUAUCGUCAUUGACGAGUCAAAGGCUAAUGGCAGAACUGCCUGGGACCUUUGUUUGCUUAUGAAGGAUGAAGGUGUCUUGGCGAAGCCAACACACGACGAAAUCAUCAGAUUGGCUCCGCCAUUGGUCAUUUCGGAGGAGGACUUGUUGAAGGGUGUCGAUGCCAUCAAAAAGAGUUUGAUCAAGUUGCCUACUGCUGCCAAGGCAGACCACCACUAG